AUAAUUAACUAUUAUUAUCAAAUGUCGGUUGAUUUGGGUAGCUGGAAGCUUUGAUCUCUUCAGCACAGUGUUUGCUCCGUUCCCUUCUGCCCCUCCACUGUUUUGAACUAGUACUUUCUUCAUCUCAAGCUUCUUUUUGAGUGUUCGUUUCCAAAUUUUCCUGGGAAAAUCCCCCUACUUGGACCUCGUUUUUCCCCUGAACCAAACACCAGAAUCGCUUCGGCUGAAUUAGCUUUAAUACCCAUCAUCCCUCUUUGUUUGGGGGCUAGGGAAAACAUUUUUUGCUGAAAACUUGUUGUCUUGGAGGAUUUACUCGAUCAUUGCUUGGUUCUAAGCUUGCGAAAUUCACUGGAAAUCUAAGGUUUGGCAUGCACUUCUGGGAAAUUUAGGCAUUUCAGGGAUUAUGAAUUAUUUUUCCUGACUGAAUUUGGAAUCUUUAAUGUGUUUACGAAUCAGCGAUUAAGUCAGUUCUAGGACAGCAAAUGGAGAUGGCAGGUCAUUUCCAUGUCAAUCAAUCUCUCACUUAGACGAUGGGGUGUAGCUAAGAUCGUUAGUUGAGCGUUGCUAACUAAAUAUGGAGGUUGCAGUUCAAAUUCAAAGGUUGUUUCAUGUGCAAAUCCAGAGACUGCUCUUAACCAUAGCAACAGUUGUUGCUGUGGUAGUUGUAUUUCAAUUUCUAGUGUCCCCCAACAAAAACUAUAUAUCCAAUCUGUGGGAUGCAAGCAACGGUUCAGUUGUUACAGUUGGGAAUGUUACCUCCUCAAGUAGUUCAAAACUAACUGGUAUCAGUGUAAUUCAUGGGAUGGUUAAUAACUCGAUGGCUUCUGAUUCUGAGGGUGAGGGAAAGGAUGGGGAUGAGACUCAAGUGGAAGGAAUGGAAAAGCACUCUUAUUUCCAAGUAGAUGGCCAUGAAGAGAUGAAUAAUUCUUUUCAAAUAGAUGAGGAUGGACAAUUGAGCCAAGAAAUCACAUCUGAGAGCGGUUUUGACCAUGAUAAGAGUUUAAGAUACGUCAAAGCCCGAAACAUAAACACCUCCUUUUCUAUGUUGGGGGAGGUUCACAGUGAGUCUAGUAUAGAGUCCCUUGGACUAGUGUCACCAAAAAUCUCCCCAAAUGUGAUAGCAGACUUGGAUGCAGGUUUAAGAACUCCACCGUCAUCUAUUGCGGGAAAUGCAUCUUUAGCACACAACAACACAGAACUUGUAGAAAUCCAGCCUGGGCAUACAAAUAAAGAGCUGCUGGGAAAUACUUCAACCUCUCAAAGCAAUCAUUCUUCGGUGUCUGUCGAUCUUAUUAUGAAGGGAAGGAGGAGGCGUAAACCAACAACAAUAUCUGAUAUGACUUUGUUAUUGCUUCAGAGUUUGAACUCAUCGUCGAGGCCACAACGGUCUUCUCCACGCGACAGGGAACUUCAGUAUGCAAGAUCACAGAUUCAGAAUGCUCCUGUUAUACGGAGUAGUCCAGAACUUUAUGCUUCUCUUUUCAGAAAUUAUUCCAUGUUUAGAAGGAGCUACGAAUUGAUGGAACGCAUGCUCAAAGUUUAUAUCUACAAGGAAGGAGAGAAGCCAGUAUUCCAUCAACCACGGUUGACGGGUAUUUAUGCUUCUGAAGGAUGGUUUAUGCAAUUGAUAGAGCGAAAUAAGCAAUUUGUUGUAAGGGAUCCCCGAAAAGCUCACCUGUUUUAUUUACCUUUUAGCUCAAAAAAUCUCAGGAUUGCUCUUCAGCAAAAACAAUUCACCCGUCGUGAGGACUUGGAGGAAUACCUGAAGAACUACACAGAUAUAAUUGCCAGAAAGUAUCGUUUUUUGAACAGAGUGAAAGGAGCAGAUCAUUUUCUGGUUGCUUGUCAUGAUUGGGCACCUUGGAUGACGAGAAAGAGUAUGGGGAAUUUCAUCAGAGUUCUUUGCAAUGCCAAUGUUGCCAGAGACUUCAGAAUAGGCAAGGAUGUAUCUCUGCCAGUGACAUAUAUCCGCUCUGCUCAGGAUCCCGGGCAAGAUCUUGGAGGGAAACCCCCCUCACAGAGGACCAUAUUGGCCUUCUUCGCGGGAAACAUGCAUGGUUAUCUGCGUCCAGUCCUGCUCCAGCAUUGGGAAAACAAGGAACCUGAUAUGAAGAUCUCCGGCCCCAUGCCGCGCGAUAGGGAGGGUAAAACCAAGUACAUGGAGUCCAUGAAAAGCAGCAAGUAUUGCGUUUGCGCGAGGGGCUAUGAAGUCCACACACCACGCGUGGUUGAAGCCAUAUACCACGAGUGUGUCCCGGUGAUCAUAUCAGAUAACUACGAGCCUCCAUUCUUUGAAGUGCUGGAAUGGGAGGCGUUUUCUGUGUUCGUUUUGGAGAAAGACAUCCCGAAUCUGAGGAACAUACUUCUCUCGAUACCAGAAGAUAGGUACUUGGCGAUGCAGCAGAGAGUGAAGCUGGUGCAGCAGCAUUUCCUUUGGCACAGAAAGCCGGCAAAGUACGACUUGUUUCAUAUGAUCCUUCACUCAGUCUGGUACAACAGAGUUCUUCAGGUGAAACUCUAAAUCCCAUUUAAUCGAAAAUCCAUCUGUAAAUGGCAGAAACGGCGAUCGAGACACACUGGAGAACCAUAUGGAGAAAGUGUGAGAUGGUUGCUGGAAGGAUUGAAGAUGUAAGAAUUUCUGUUCCUCCGUCUGUUGCUGGGAUGGGAACCUUUGAAUCAUGUUGAACAAAUGAUAGAUCUUAAGUCUGCACGUUUUCUUGUAUAUAUAGGCCAUGGAUUCAGGAAGAAUGUGACCCUGCAACUCCAGACUGGCCUUCGGUUGCUCACUUUUUUAUAUGAGUUGUGUCACAAGAUUGUUAAGAUUGCCAUGUUUCUCUUGUACAAUAAGACAUUUAUUAAAAUGAGUAAGAUAAAAUUGUAUCAAAAUAAAGUUAGAAUAUUUUUUUA